CUUGCGCUCUCAGGAGUGUCAAUCAGUGCAGUGUCAAUCAGAGCGGCGGCUUCCCUUUCAUCUUCACCCUCCUAGAGGGAGAGUUACAUUUCAGACACAUACAGAGAGGCACGCCAGUUCUGAAGUCAGUCUGCAACCAGCAUUGAUACAGAAAAACAGAAACUACCGUGUUCUUUCUUUUCUUAAUUCGACAUGUAAGCUUUUAGUACAAGUAAGGAUACAUUGUAAAAUAAUACAAAAUAUAAAUUGGGGCUUGUUUUACUCUUUCUAAAUUCAGAGUGGGGAAGAAGGAACACAAGAGUUGGGCACACGAGAUACAAAUAUACAAAUUCAGCAGGUCACACGUUUUCUUUUUUCUUUUUUUGUUUGUUUUUUCACCGCUAUGAUAUUAAAAAGAACCUGCUGGAUCAGAAAAAAAUAAGAAUUUUAUUUCUGGAGCACCGAAGAGGACAUUAAUUUUUGUUUGGUUUUUAAAUAAUUGAAUCACAACUGUACAGGGGAAGUUCGGCGUUCAUUUUUCCACAACUACCGAUUCAUGACGUUUUACUCGUAUAUGAGGCACUCACAGGAGUUUUUAUUAGGAUUUUAAAAUCCUCAUAACUGAAGAGGAGUAAAAGAAGCAAAGUGACAUACUGUUUAAGACUGGUAGGAAAGACAUCGAUAUACAGCGAUUUUAUCUACAGCAGUAUUGGGACUUUCUAUUUCCAACCGUUCAAAUAAUUCGUAAUAGUUGUAAAGUACGUCAAAACACAAAGAACUACUGCAUGCUUGAACAGAACCGGCGUGUUUGUAGAGGGAAAUAUACACGCAUAUUUGAGGUUACUAAUCUAUACAAAGGACUGUGUGGAUAGGGUUUUUUUGGACUCUUCCGGUUUCGUUUUGGAAUUGAGGUACCAAUAUUUUUUUUUUCAAAAGGGUGGUUAGAUUUAUUUGAACUAAAAAUGCCACAAUUAGCUGGAGGAGGCGGCGGUGGAGGGGAUCCAGAGCUCUGUGCAAAUGAUGAAAUGAUCCCCUUCAAAGACGAGGGGGACCCCCAAAAAGAGAAAAUCUUUGCAGAAAUCAGUCACUCCGAGGAAGAGGGAGAUUUGGCUGAUAUUAAAUCAUCUCUGGUAAAUGAGUCCGAGAUAAACCCAAACAGCAACAACCAUGAGGCAGCUAGACAAGUACUGCAGGAUUCAUACCAUGAAAAACACAGAGAACAUUGUGAUGAUGGAAAGCAUCAGGACAGCUUAUACAACAAAGGACAUCCUUACCCAGGCUAUCCCGGUUACAUCAUGAUGUCAAACAUGAACAAUGACUCUUACAUGCCCAACGGCGCUCUGUCUCCUUCGAUGGUCAGAACGUCAAACAAGGUACCGGUGGUCCAGCCGUCGCAUGCAGUUCACCCGCUUACUCCCCUGAUCACCUACAGCGAUGAGCACUUUGCACCCGGGCCUCACUCGGGACAUCACCCUCAAGAAGUCAACUCCAAACAAGGCAUACACAGACAUCAUCCUGGUCCUGACAUGGCCAAUUUCUAUUCACUGUCACCUGGUGGAGUUGGACAGAUUACCCCACCUCUUGGGUGGCAAGGUCAGCCUAUGUAUCCAAUCUCAAGUGGUUUCAGACAACAGUACCCCUCCACUCUCCCAAGCGACACCCCCAUGUCCAGGUUUUCACAUCACAUGGUGCCAGGUCCUCCAGGGCCCCAUGCAACUGGAAUUCCUCACCCUGCCAUUGUGAACCCUCAAGUCAAGCACGAACACCCACACGACAACGAACUAAUGCACAUGAAACCUCAACAUGAACAGAGAAAAGAGCAAGAGCCCAAAAGACCUCACAUCAAGAAGCCUCUAAAUGCUUUUAUGUUGUACAUGAAAGAAAUGAGGGCAAAUGUAGUAGCGGAGUGUACUCUGAAAGAAAGUGCAGCCAUCAAUCAGAUCCUGGGGAGGAGGUGGCAUGCGCUAUCUCGGGAAGAGCAAGCUAAAUAUUAUGAAUUGGCCCGGAAGGAAAGGCAGCUUCACAUGCAGCUUUACCCAGGCUGGUCUGCAAGAGACAAUUAUGGAAAGAAGAAGAAGAGGAAGAGAGAGAAGAUCCAGGAAACCACAUCAGGAGGAAAAAGAAAUGCAUUCUCCAUGUGCAAAUCGAAGACAGCAGCUCUGGCUCCCCUUUUUAGAGAUGGAAGCCUAUUUGAUUCAACUGCACAGUCGCCCCCAAAGGAAAUCCAUGCUUGACUUUGUUUGCACCCUGCAGUCACUGCUUUAGAGACACUGAACUGUUAAGACAAUCACUGUCUGAACCACCCCCUUUCCUCAACCUUCACUGUCACCGAUCCUCACUGUCACUGAUGAAUAAGCACACACCAGGUUUCUCCAAUUAUUGCCCGUGGGUUCUCCACUACCUUUUACAACGUUAAUACCUACCCUUACUUUGCCACACACACCCACAAACCCCUCCCCCACCUGCACACUUGACAUUGCUGUCCUUGCUAGACAAAGAAACCAACCCAUGUUGGCUUCACACCCGGCACAGACUACACUGCCAUGCAACACGUAAGGGGAUAUGAGUUGUUAAGGAAAACCUCUUAUUUUAAAGAAGAAAAAAAUGGUGCAAAAGGAUCAAUAUUGAUUUUUAGCUCUUUUUAUCAAUUUAAGUUGAAUGCUUUUAUAUUUCUUUUUUUUUUUUUUUAGUUAAAUCAUGUUGUAUAUUUUUUAGUGGCUUUUUUUUGUUUUGUUUUGUUUUUACUAUGAUAUUUGUCUUAUUUUUAUUUUUUUAUAAAAAUAAAUAAGCUUUGGAGACAAGAAGGCCCAACAUUUUUCUGCUUGAGUGUUUCACAGGAAAAUGAGAGGAUUUGAUAACUAUUUGUAACAAAUAGUGACCUCUCAGUUUUUGUAAAGUGUACAACAGAGCUCAGUAUGUGUACUUUUUUAAAUUAAAGUUGUCGGGAGAUGCAAGUUGCUGGUAUUUUUGCAGGUGAUUUCAUAAAAACAUGCUGCAUAGUUACAUAAGACAUUUCUUUUUUUUACCACAAACAAAUUGAAAAACACACCCCAGCACUUGGCAAGCUUUGCUUUCUUAUUGUAACGUAUUUCUCUUAUGUUUCUGAUAGCUUCUAGUGUCGUUUGCCAUUUCUACUCAAUGCAAGCAUUCCUGUACCAUUUUAUCUUUUUUUUUUUUUUUUUUUUGUAUUUAAUGAUACAAACUUUUGGUUUUGAAACACUGUCAACAUGAUGCAGCUGUUUGUGUCACAUUUUAACAUUUUAAAUGUGCUGAAUGUAAAUGUUUCUCUUUUUUUAAAAAUGAAAAUUCAAUAAAAAAGCCACAUUGACUGA